GGGGAAUAAGGGGUGUGACCGUUCUGGGGAGGUCAGGGAAGGGAAGGUCUUGACUGCGAGUGCGCACCAGAGGAAAUGGGCGGGGCAGAGCUUUGGGUCUCACCAAUCGGAGUGGCGGCGCUCCUCCCUCUCCUGCCUCCCCGCCAAGCAACAACAAUUCGAGGAGCGAGGCGGGGAGGCUCGUGAAACGUCACAGCGUACUGCCCAAUGGGAACCAGCGUUGGCAGACGCGCGCGCCCUGUGUCCAAUCAGCGAAGGCGACUCGAAUGGCUCCCUUACCUUGCUGGCUGUGGGCGGAGCGGCCUGAGGAGGCGGCGGUGGAGCAGGGGGCGGUUUGGUUGCGCGGUACUAGCGGUGCCCGCCGAAGGGGGAGGAGGCGAGGAGCGAGCCGUGCGGCCAGAGCGGGAAAGCGACUCGUCUUUGCGUCCGAGUUCUGGAGCCGCCGCACCCCGGCUCCUGGGGCCGCGGCAGCGGCUGCGAGGGGACGCGCGUCCGCUGUCUCCUGGGUUCCCCUCGUAGCGACCCGCGGGAUCGGAAAAAAGGAGAAGAUGGAGGAGGAGGGUGGCAGCAGCGGCGGCGCCGCGGGGACCAGCGCGGACGGCGGCGACGGAGGAGAGCAGCUCCUCACUGUCAAGCACGAGCUGCGGACUGCUAAUUUGACAGGACAUGCUGAGAAGGUGGGAAUAGAAAAUUUUGAGCUCCUGAAGGUCCUAGGAACUGGAGCUUAUGGAAAAGUAUUUCUAGUUCGUAAAAUAAGUGGCCAUGAUACUGGAAAGCUGUAUGCCAUGAAAGUUUUGAAAAAGGCAACAAUCGUUCAAAAGGCCAAAACCACAGAGCAUACAAGGACAGAACGACAAGUCCUGGAGCACAUUAGGCAGUCGCCAUUUUUGGUGACAUUACAUUAUGCUUUCCAGACAGAAACCAAACUUCAUCUCAUUUUAGAUUAUAUAAAUGGUGGUGAACUUUUUACUCAUCUUUCUCAAAGAGAGCGUUUCACAGAGCAUGAGGUGCAGAUUUAUGUUGGAGAGAUUGUGCUUGCCCUCGAACAUCUCCACAAGUUGGGGAUUAUAUAUCGUGAUAUUAAGCUUGAGAAUAUUCUACUUGAUUCUAAUGGCCAUGUGGUGCUGACAGAUUUUGGUCUGAGUAAGGAGUUUGUGGCUGAUGAAACUGAAAGAGCAUAUUCCUUUUGUGGAACUAUUGAAUAUAUGGCACCAGAUAUUGUCAGAGGGGGAGAUUCAGGACAUGACAAGGCAGUUGACUGGUGGAGUUUGGGUGUUCUAAUGUAUGAAUUACUAACUGGAGCAUCUCCUUUCACUGUUGAUGGAGAAAAAAAUUCCCAAGCUGAGAUAUCUAGGAGAAUAUUAAAAAGUGAGCCUCCAUAUCCCCAAGAAAUGAGUGCUUUAGCUAAAGACCUAAUUCAGCGUCUUUUGAUGAAAGAUCCCAAGAAGAGAUUGGGAUGUGGUCCACGUGAUGCAGAUGAAAUCAAAGAACAUCUCUUCUUUCAGAAAAUAAAUUGGGAUGAUUUAGCCGCCAAAAAAGUGCCUGCACCAUUUAAGCCAGUCAUUCGAGAUGAAUUAGAUGUGAGUAACUUUGCAGAAGAGUUCACAGAAAUGGAUCCCACUUAUUCUCCCGCAGCCCUGCCCCAGAGUUCUGAGAAGCUGUUUCAGGGCUAUUCCUUUGUUGCUCCUUCCAUCCUAUUCAAGCGUAAUGCAGCUGUCAUAGACCCUCUUCAGUUUCACAUGGGAGUUGAACGUCCUGGAGUGACAAAUGUUGCCAGGAGUGCAAUGAUGAAGGACUCUCCAUUCUAUCAACACUAUGACCUAGAUUUGAAGGACAAACCCCUGGGAGAAGGUAGUUUUUCAAUUUGUCGAAAGUGUGUGCAUAAAAAAAGUAACCAAGCUUUUGCAGUCAAAAUAAUCAGCAAAAGGAUGGAAGCCAAUACUCAGAAGGAAAUAACAGCUCUGAAACUCUGUGAAGGACACCCCAAUAUUGUGAAGUUGCAUGAAGUUUUUCAUGAUCAGCUUCACACGUUUCUAGUGAUGGAACUUCUGAAUGGAGGAGAACUGUUUGAACGCAUUAAGAAAAAGAAGCACUUCAGUGAGACGGAAGCCAGCUACAUCAUGAGGAAGCUUGUUUCAGCUGUAAGCCACAUGCAUGAUGUUGGAGUGGUGCACAGGGAUCUGAAACCUGAGAAUUUAUUGUUCACCGAUGAAAAUGACAAUUUGGAAAUUAAAAUAAUUGAUUUUGGAUUUGCACGGCUAAAGCCACCGGAUAAUCAGCCCCUGAAGACUCCAUGCUUCACCCUUCAUUAUGCGGCCCCAGAGCUCUUGAAUCAGAACGGCUACGAUGAGUCCUGUGACCUGUGGAGCUUGGGCGUCAUUUUGUACACAAUGUUGUCAGGACAGGUUCCCUUCCAAUCUCAUGACCGAAGUUUGACAUGUACCAGCGCGGUGGAAAUCAUGAAGAAAAUUAAAAAGGGAGAUUUCUCCUUUGAAGGAGAAGCCUGGAAGAAUGUAUCCCAAGAGGCUAAAGAUUUGAUCCAAGGACUUCUCACAGUAGAUCCAAACAAAAGGCUUAAAAUGUCUGGCUUGAGGUACAAUGAAUGGCUACAAGAUGGCAGUCAGCUGUCCUCCAAUCCUCUGAUGACUCCGGAUAUUCUAGGAUCUUCCGGAGCUGCCGUGCAUACCUGUGUGAAAGCAACCUUCCACGCCUUUAACAAAUACAAGAGAGAGGGGUUUUGCCUUCAGAAUGUCGAUAAGGCCCCUUUGGCUAAGAGAAGAAAAAUGAAAAAGACUAGCACCAGUACCGAGACGCGCAGCAGUUCCAGUGAGAGUUCCCAUUCUUCUUCCUCUCAUUCUCACGGUAAAACUACACCCACCAAGACACUGCAGCCCAGCAACCCUGCCGACAGCAAUAACCCGGAGACCCUCUUCCAGUUCUCGGACUCAGUAGCUUAGGAAUGGUAGGAGUGUAUCAGUGAUCCAUUGCACCUUUAUUCCCUCAGCAUAUGCCUGAGGCGAUCUUUUAUGCUUUUAAAAAUGUUUCCCGUUGGUCUCAUUGGAAUCUGCCUCCUAAUGAUUUUUUUCAGGAAAACCUGUUUGGUUAUCCUCAUUCAAAAGCACUGGACAGAGAAUGUUACUGUGAAUAGAGCACAUAUUACUCUUUUUAGCAACCUAGCAUGAUGCCAACAAGACUAUUCUUGAAAGAGCAAAGGUUCCUGUAAAUUUAAUUAGGGCUAGAUUUGAGCUGCUUGUAAGUCACAGGUUUUCCAGAUGUCUGCCAACAAGAAAUGACUCAUACUGUGAUGAUACCUUUUGCUUUGCCUUGUGGACAAUGUGGGUUUUUGAAAUUUGCACCCUUCAAACAAUGAUUUGUCAGAGAAGGGGGUCUGUUUUCAAAAAAGAUUCUGUAAUGAAUUUUAUGUGUGGCAUAUACUUAUUUCUUGAGAGAAGAUUUUAACUUAUUGUUUUUAUUUUAUGGUUACAUAUGAUGAUAACCUGCUAUUAUUAAACUUUUUCUAAAAAGUGAAAAAAAAAAAGAUAUAAGAACUCAAGGUCCCAUACUCUGUAUUCGGGAUCCAUCUGAGAUGCAUGCUAAGCUAUGUGUAUGUUUUUAAUUUUGCACUGCUCUUUCCUGGCAAUUUGUUUUAAUGGUUAUUGCAGAAUAUUAAGGUACAUGUCUCUCUGUUUUAAGUAAUAUUGCACUUUAUAAAAAAGUAUGAAUAAAGCAAACUAUUUUAUAAAGUGCACUGUUUAAAGCAUUUGCACUGUAUUUUUGCCAUUUAUUUUCAUUUUCUGCUUUAAAUUUGUCCUCACAUCCCUCUUCUACUUUGUAUGCAACAAGUAGAAUGGGGCAUGUUGUGUCAUGUAGUCAGCCACUUAUGCACCAAUGUGAGGAAAACCUAAAGGGAAAUUAAACUAAACACUGUGCUUCAUAUUUGUACACUGUGUUGUACUACAGUGAGGAAUUUCCUCCUGUAGUCAUAUAUUAUGUACAUAAUAUUUUAGAAUCAUACCUAUGACUUGUUUGGAAAUUUUUCUGUUAAAUUUUAAAUCCAGAAAGCAUAUUUUAUAAACUUAUGCAGAGCACUUUUAUUGCUCAAAAGUUCUGAAUUCAUACAGAAAACAAGUACUAUGUGAUGAAAACAUUUCAUUAAAAGAUUGCUGCAUUUAAAAAUACAAUUAAUUCGUUCCCUAUGCAAAAAAAAAAAAAGAAGUGAUAGGGUUUGUAUGUUAUAUUUUCUUUUAAAGCCAUCAUGUGAAAUGUCAGGACUGAGAAAAGUGAUUUUUUUGCUUUGUUUACAGGAAUCAUGCUUAAAGAGAUAAUGCUCAACAUGUUUAUUUUAUAGUUUUUGUUAAUGAUAACCUUUCGAGCAUUAGUUUGGAAUUUGGACGUGAUAUUUAUUUAUUCCUUUCUUGAGGUUAUAGCAGCAUUAAUUUCAACCAGUUAUGAAUACUAAAAAUAUUGCACUCUAUGUAAUAGUAGUAUAUUUAUUACUAAAUCAAUGUAUAUAUUAAUAGCACAGGCAAAAAAUGGCAAAUAUUAAAAUAUUUUCAAAAUAUUAUAUUAUCCUGUUCACAUUUUGUCCACAGUGGUUAUUGGGAAUAAUAUUUUACACUUUUUGCUGGCCCAAAUGGCUACAUAAUAUUGAGUUAAUGAAAGUUUUGUACUCCCAGCUUUCAGUUAUUCCUAGUAAUUAUGGGAAAUUUUGUGUGAAUUAUUACCAAACUAUUGCUAAUUCACAAAAUGUGAUUCCAUCAGGCACAGAUCUCUAGUAAUCAAGAAAAUGACCAUAUUUAUAAUUAUAUUGGACAUAUUGGGAACAUAUUUGGCUCUUCAAGCCAUUUUUUAAACUGUGCAUCCUGGUAGGAAAUACUAGUUAUAAAGUACAAACUAAAGGGACUAUGUUGCUAAUAGAAAAUGAUCCAGAAAAAUGGUCAGACAGUAUACAGAUUGAUGAUGUGAUUGAUUUCACUGUGAAUAUUGGAAAUUAAUGGGUUUCAUUUUCAUUUAUUUCCCUUGCCUCUUCUUGAGGAGGAUUCGACAGGCAAUGAAAUGGGUAAAAAGGCAGUCAGACUAACAGGAAGAAGGAAAGAUAGGCUAGCCGUCAAGUGAUGAGCCUGCCUGAAUAAUCUCAAACGGGCUUUUGAAAAGACCUUAACAAACACUGUUGCGCUCUUGUCAAAUAUCUUUAUCUACACCCUACUUUUAAGUACCAAAAAGACAGCAUUUGAUGCCAAGUUUGAAGCAGUUAGGUCCUAUGCAGGCUGUGUAUUAACAUACAGUGAAUUGCACUUUAAAAUUCAGAAAGCUUUCAUUUGGUCACAUCAAAAAUAAACACUACAAAAUAUAUAAAAAUGUUAAAUGAUAGGACUCUUUUUUGGUAUUAAGAGUAAAAUAGAAGAAGAUCUAAGAAAUACAAAUACUUACAUUAUUUCUCUUUAUGACAUUAACUUUGGGACUAGAGCUACACCACCCCCUCCCUUCUUCACUUAUUGAUUGUAUUGCAUAUAAUUUUCAUGCCAACAUAAAUCCUGAUUCAUAUAUUUUGUAACUGUAUAUGACAAAUUGAGAGGCAAGAAUAAGAAAAGGAAGAUAAUAGAGGAAAGAUGUUAAGAAAGACCAGUUUCUUCUAAUUACUCUGCCAGAUCCUGUGUCUGAAAGAGGUUAAUUAGCAUUUUGAAAUUGAUUGGCUGAGUGUGGUGUCUCAGGCCUGUAAUCCUUGUGCUUUGGGAGUAUAAGACUGGAGAAUCACUUGAAACCAGGAGUUAGAGACCAACCUGGGCAACAUAGUGAGACACUGUCUCUCCAAAAAUAAAAAUAAAAAUUAGCUGAGCAUGGUGGCUCAUGCCUGUAGCCCUAGUUACUCAGGAGGCCAACAUGUGGAGGAUCACUUGAGCCCAGGAGUUCGAGGCUGCAGUGAGCUGUGAUCACACCACUGCACUCCAGCCUGGGCAACAGAGCGAGACCCUGUCUUAAGAUAAAAAGAAAUUCAUUAAUUCUUCCAAACCUUUAUAAAGUAAGAAACCACUGAAUUACUAGAAUAGAAAGUCAGUCUCCUGAGUUAAUUUCCACAUUGUUGUCUGUCUUGGAGUCACAGAAAACUGCCAAGAAAACUGCCUUUUAAUUUUUUUAGAUUACUGCUGAUUUCUUAAGUAUGUAAAUGACUAACUUAAAUAUAAGGUAAGUUAUUUUAAAGAAAUCUACUAAGAUAGAAGUCACUUUUUUUAAAGUAAGGAAAUUCCUUUUGUAUCUCAGUUUAUGUUCUCAAAUACACUACUUUAUAAAAGUAUACAAUUUACUGGAUACUUAUUCACCUUGCCCCCAUUUCAAGCGCCUGUUAUUGUCAUAUUUAUUAAAAACAGGGUACCUCAUAAUGGUGAAAAUUUCUAAAUUAUUGGGUCUAUAUGUGCCUUAGACUGCCUGAUUACUUUGGCUGUUCUCCCAGUGACUGAUAAUAAUAGCAUGAUUUGAGUGUUCAUGUGAGCAUACAUCUAAUAUUCCUUAAGAUCUAAGUAAAUAAGUUAAAUUCUGAUAUGCCACUUAUGUCAAAAUAAUUGUUAUAUAGAUGAAUUAUUACUGUAACAUCAUGAAGUAUCUUAAAAUUAUAUGACUUUUGGCCUCUCAAAUGUCUUACAUGAUAAUACCCCAAUUUCCAGUCUUUAAUUGAUUGUAUACCUCACGUAAGUGUCUGUCAUCACUUGAUACCUGUAUCUGGCACUAAAACAAAUGUAGCCGGCUCUAAUGAAAUUUGAAGUUUGGAUAGGAGACAUUGUAAAACUCAAGAAUGGGAAAAAAAAUUUUUAACAGAAGUAUGUAUGAAGGAAAUAUUUGAAGUAUAAUCUACCCAAAGAAAAUAACUGCUACAGCCAACAUUAAAGGUUUUAUUCUGUUUUGUUAAGUAACUUCACUCCAAAUUGUGACAUUCUUUAGAGAAAAUAUUUUCCUUAAGAGUAGUUAUUUACGUGUUUUACUGGGGGAGCAUAUUUUCAGGGGGGCAACAUCUUCCUAAGAACAUUUGAUUAGCCUCACUUCUGUCCUCAGCUUCUAUAUUGCUUACUUUUCAAGAUAUUUCUUCUGAGCCCUUUUCUUUGUAUGCCCAGCUCCCUGUUAUGUAAUUAAGUAGUUGAUUACCGUUCCAAAUGCUUCCCCUACUCAAGGCUGUUGUCCACCCUGUUUCAUGAAUUUGUGAAUUAAGUAGGUGCCUAAUAUUUUCCUACUCUUAGGGUGAAAAGGAGUAAGAAACUAAAGUGGCUUCCAAAUGUUUGUGUCUUGGUUUCUUCACCCUAGUGCAAAAUAGGAAAUGUUUAUUGGCAGUCAUUUCUUUUCCAUUGCUCCUUUUAACCACAUUACAAAAAGCUAGGAUUUUGUGUCUAGAAGGAGACUUGUAUUAAAAGACAAGAUUCUUAGUAGUUAUUCAUCAGGCUUAAGUUUCCUGGUGUAUUUCUUGUGGGAGAGGUAGAAGGACAUUUUGUAGUAUUAUUCUAACUAUUCAUAUAAUGCUGCUUGGGUUAUCAGAAAGUAUUGAAUACUUCAGAUAAGUCAAGUUAGUAUUUAGUAUAGCAGCUGUUCUUCAGAGCACAGGAAACUGGGAUAGUAUGUAGCAUUAUGCUGUUGCCAUUAUUGUUUCUCAUUGCAUAACACUUUUAAUUUGUAUGGUGGUAUACAAUUUGCCCCUUUACUAAAAAAAAAAAAUCUAGUUUCAUUCUUGUUCCUUGCCACAUUAAGCAGUUUUUUCAUUUACGUUUUAAAUUUUCUUAAUAUUAGAAGAAAAAGAAAACAGAACAAAAGAGAAAUGUCAUGACUUAGAAAAGGAAAUUUAAGUUUUAUGGAAUACUGUAGCUUUAUUUUCUGACAUUUCUGCUUAUAGAUAGAUUAGAAAAUCCUUGUUUCUUUUGUUUGCUUUGUUUUAAAAUCCAGUAAGGUGGAGGAACUUGACAUUUUAAAACUGCAGUUUUAUUUUUAACUACAUAAGAGGCUGGUCGUGUAAAAUGUGCACUGCUAUGUUGGAAUGGAUAUGUAUGUGACAAUUAACCUCAUUAAAGCUCUGUUGCUGUGGUAGGCAUUCAGUUAUUCCUAAUAGUUUAUUUUAGGUACUAUACUGCUAUCCUAUUUGCUGAAAUUAUAAAUACUAGCAAUGUACAAUAAUUCUCAUUCUUUGGCUGAAUAAAAACAGAAAUUUAAAGGUGCUGUGUCACAUAAACAGUUAAUGCCUCGGUACUAAAGUUUUGAAAAAUAUUCCUAAAAACUUCACAGGCAUGAAUUUUUGAAAAGAAGAAGAAACCACAUAUACACAUAGAGGAAUUUUUAAAGACUGGCAUUUUAAAGUAUAGCUGGUAAAAAUGGUAUGUAUCCUUAUGUGUAGAAUUUAAACUUCUUGAAAAUAAUCUAAGCUGCAACAAUCUAUGUAACUGUUCUUCCACAGUUUUACAUAAAGAUAAGAAUUUGUCUUACUAAAAGGUAAAUGGAAGAUUAAAAAAGAUGAAAAACAUUGUUUUUCCUCUAUUCUAUGUGGACAAUUAAAAGUAUAGCCAAGCCUCAGCUCAAAUGAGUUGCCUUUGUGUGAGACAGGGUCUCACUCUGUCACCCAGGCCGGAGUGCAGUGGCGUGAUCACAGCUCACUGCAACCUCCACCUCCUGGGCUCAAGCAAUCCUUGUACCUCAGCCUCCUAAGCAGCUGGCUAAGUAGACUACAGGCAUGAGCCACCAUGCCCAGCUAAUUUUUUUAAUAGCUACAAGGUCUCAGUAUGGUGCCCAGGCUAGUCUCAAACUCCUGGCCUCAAGCAAUCCUCCCGCCUCAGCCUCCCAGCUUUGCCCAGCCAUGAGUUGCUUUUUGAGUUGUCUUCCUUAACUGCAUCAGUUCAUCCCAUACUCCAUACAUGCACUUUUUCUCGUAUUGUUUUUCUGUUUUGCUAUGGUGUGUCCACACUCAUUUGUGUAUUUCUACACUGGUAUUUCACUCACUACUUAUUAAGAUAUCUGCAUGUGGACCUACAUUUAUAAAUUGUAAUUCCGUUCAGAGAAAUAAGAACUUGAUUGGGACAGAGCUGGGAAAUGUUUGUGAUGAAAAUUAUUAGGAAUAAGGAAAUAAUGAUGCUGUGUGAGAAAGCAAGUAGACUUACAAUUCUGAGAUAGAAACAUCUGCAAUCAACAUAGAGAAGGCUACUUUACAAAAAUGUUAUUUCAAUGCCCAUAUGGACAAAUCUCUUUAAAAGGCUUUGUCUGCUGUGUACAUAAAGGAACUUAUAAUCUUCAUAAAGUGCUUAUUUUUCUCUAGGAAGCCCAUGUGAUAGCUCUCUCCUCUGUUUUCCCACUCCUUCCCCAGCUUUUCCUGCUGCCCACUGCUCCAAACACUGACAUCCAGUGGCCAGAGACCAGUCCAAAUGGAGCACUAAAACUACAUAUAGAUAGUGAUCAUAUUGUUUAAAAUAUUAUUGCAACAUGGUGUGUAAAGUGCACAGGUCUGAAGUAUACAGCUCAAUAAAUGUUUACAUAUAUAUGCGCCCAUAUAACCAUCAUUCAGAUCAAGAUGAGGCUCCCAGUCAGUCCUCAUACAUAACCACCACUCUGACCUCUGUCACUGUUGUUGACAUUCCUAUACAUGGAAUUAUCCAGUCUAUAGGUUUUUGUGUCUGGUUUAAUUUGAUCAGCGUUAUGUCUGUGAAGUGCAUCUAUGUUGUUGCAUGUAGCAGUAACAGUAGUUUGUUCUUUUUCAUUGCUCUGUAGUAUUCCAUCAGAUAAAUACAUCACAAUUUAUCCAUUCUCCCACUGAUAGACAUUUUGGUUGUCUGAUAUUUUACCAUAAAUGUCUUCUCUUUAGUUUGCUUUUCUACUUUCUAAGUGCUUUCCUUUGAUGACCAAAAAUUUUAUGAAGUCCAAUAUACCAAGCUUUUAUUUAAUUGCUAAUACUUUUGCGUCGUAUUUAAUAAAUGUUCACACCAAGGUUAUGAAGAUAUUCUUAUGUUCUUCUAAAAGCUUUAUUGGCCGGGUGAGGUGGCUCAUGCCUGUAAUCCUAGUGCUUUGGGAGGCCAAGCCGGGUGGAUCACUGGAGGUCAGGAGUUGGAGACCAGCCUGGCCAACAUGGUGAAACGCCAUCUCUACUAAAAAUAUAAAAAUUAGCCAGGCAUGGUGGUGCAUGCCUGUAAUCCCAGCUACGUGGGAGGCUGAGGCAGGAGAAUCACUUGAACCCAGGAGGCAGAGGUUGCAGUGAGCCAAGGUCAUGCCACUACACUCUAGCCUAGGCAACAGAGCGAGACUCUGUCUCAAAAAAUAAAACUAAAAGCUUUAUUGUUUUACCAUCCACAUUAGGUUUACAGUCCAUCUACUGCUGAUAUUUGUAUUUGAUGUGAAAUAGUAGCCAAAGUUUAUGUAUUUCCAUAUGAGUAUUAACUUGACCCAGCACAAUGUAUUGAAAAGCUGAGUUGUAAUUUUUAUGAAGUCUUCAUAUCUGGUAGUGUAAGACCUCUAACUUUAAUCUAAUAGUUCUAAUAGUUUUGGCUAUUCUUAAUCCUUUGCAUUUCCAUAUACAUUUUAGAAUCACCUUGUUAGUUUUGGGGGCAGAGGAUGUUAGGGUUUAAUUGGUAUUGCAUUGAAUGUAUAAAUCAAUUUCAGGAGAAAUUAUAUCUUACCAAUUUUGAGUUUUCCAAUCCAUGGACAUGGUAUAUCCCUCUAUUUACUUAGGUAUUUAAUUUGUCUCACCAGUGUUUUAUAGAUUUACAUGUAGAGGUUAGAUUUAUAUCUAGGUUUUUGACAGUUUUACUUUAUUAUCAAAUUGUUUUUAAUUAGUUUAUAGAAAUAUAGUUUUUUUGGUAUAUUACCCUUUCACUUAGAAACCUUGCUAAAUUCACUUUUUAAUUCUAAUAAUUCUGUAUAUUAUUUUAGAUUUCUUUAAGUCUACAGUUAUAUUGUCUGUAAAUAAUGACAGUUUCAUUUCUGCCUUUUCAAUUUUUAUUUUUCUUGCCUUAUUGAGCUGACCAGGACCUCCAAUAAAAUGCUAAAUGAAGUAAUGACAAUGGACUCCUUUAACUUCUUCAACUCAAAAUAAGAAUUCAAUAUUUUUCUAUUCUAUAUUCUAUAUAUAUAUAUUUUUUUCUUUUCUUUCUUUUCUUUUUUUUUUUUUUUUGAGAUGGAGUCUCGCUCUGCCACCCAGGCUGGAGUGCAGUGGCGCAAUCUCAGCUCACUGCAACCUCCACCUCCCAGGUUCAAGUGAUUCUUCUGCCUCAGUCUCCCGGGUGGCUGGGACCACAGGCAUGCACCACCACCCUCAGCUAAUUUUUGUAUUAUUAGUAGAGAUGGGGUUUCACCAUAUUGGCCAGUCUGGCCUCGAAUUCCUGACCUCGUGAUCCACCCGCCUCAGCCUCCCAAAGUGCUGAGAUUACAGGCAUGAGCCACCUCACCCAGCCCAAUAUUAUGUUUUAUUUAAUUUUUUUAUAGAUAUCAUAUAGCAGAUUGUUUUAUUUCUAAUUUUCAGAGAGUUUUUACUAAAUGCUUUUUCUGCCUCUGUUGAGAUAAUCUUGUAUUUUUUCUUCUUUAGUCUUCAAUUUUCAAAUGCUGAAAAUAGAAUAAAUUCCAUUUUCAUGAUGUAUUGCCCUUUUCAUAUAUCAAUGGAUAUAGUUUGCUAAUAUUUUGCCUAAGAUUUUUGGAUCAUAAGAAGGAUAGACCUAGACUGGGUGUGGUAUCUCACACCUGUAAUCCCAACACUUUGGGAGGCCAAGAGGAAGGAUUGCUUUAGCCCAGGAGUUGGAGACCAGCCUGGGCAACAUAGUGAGACCUCAUCUCUACAAAAGAUUAAUUAGCCAAGGAUGGUGGUGCACACCUGUAGUACCAAAUACUUGGGAGGCUGAGGUGGGAGAAUCACUUGAGUCCAGGAAGCGGAAGUUGCAGUGAACCAAGAUUGUACCACUGUACUCCCACCUGGGCAACAGAGCAGGAGCCUAGCAUUAAAAAAAAAAAAGAAGAAGAAGAAGGAGGACAGACCUGUAAUUUUUCUGUCUUUAAUAUUUUUGUCAAGUUUUGGUAUCAAGAUUAUUCUGGCCUCAUUAAAAAAAAGUUGGAGAUGUGUUCCCUUUUUUUCUACACUCUGGAAGAGUUUGCACCUGAUAUUAUUCCUCCUGUUUAAAAUAAUUCACCAUUGAAGCCACUUGAAUGAGAAGUUUUCUUUGUGGGAAAGUUGUCAUUAAUUGGAAUAUAUCUUGUCUACUUACAGUUAAUGUAAUUAUUAUUGGUUUUAAGUCUACCAUCUUACAAUUUCUUUUACAUUUUUGUCCUAUAUCCUCUUGGUUCCUGUAUUGUGUCUUCUUUUGAUAAACCAAAUCUUUUCUUUUGUCCAUUGUUUCCUCCUAUGUUAGUUCGUUAGUAAUUUUUAGAAAUUUAUUUAGUACCUUAAAGAUUACAGCGUGUGUCUUUGACUUGCUGCCUUAAAUUGGUACAUUACCACUUCCCAACAAUGCAGGAAUUUUAUGACAGUUUAAAUGUUUGCCCCUUUUUUUUUUUUUUUUUUUUUUUGAGAUGGAGUCUUUGUCGCCAGGCUGCAGUGCAGUAGCACGAUCUUGGCUCACUGCAACCUCUGAUUCCCUGGUUCAAGCGAUUCUCCUGCCUCAGCCUCCCGAGUAGCUGGGAUUACAGACACACGCCAGCACGCCCAGCUAAUUUUUGUAUUUUUAGUAGAGACGGGGUUUCACCAUGUUGGCCAGGAUGGUCUAGAUCUCCUGACCUCGUGAUCUGCCCACCUCAGCCUCCCAAAGUGCUGGGAUUACAGGUAUUCCGCCUUCUUCCUUUUGUGUUAUUGUUGUCAUGUAUUUUACUUCUACAUUCUAUGUAUGUUUUAUCUCUAUAUAUGUGUUUUAGACUUCAUAAGACAUUAUUUUUAUUAGUAGUACUACUACUAUAUAUUUUAAAGACUCUGGCUGGGCAUGGUGGCUCAUGCCUGUAAUCCCAGCACUUUGCGAGGCCAAGGCAGGUGGAUCACCUGAGGUCAGGAGUUCGAGACCAGCCUGGCUAACAUGGUGAAACCCCGUUUCUACUAAAAAUACAAAAAAUGAGCCAGGAGUGGUGGUGCAUGCCUGUAAUCCUAGCUACUUGGGAGGCUGAGGCAGGAGAAUCGCUUGAACCCGGAAGAGGGAGGUUGCAGUGAGCCAAGAUCGCACCAUUGCACUCCAGAUUGGGCAACAAGAACGAAACUCCAUCUCAAAAAAAAAAAAAAAAAUAGACUCUAUAUUGUUUGUUUGCUUACAUAUUUAUGUUUUCUGGUGUUUUUCUUUCCAUCCUGCCUUUUUUACUUCCAUCUGGGAUUACUUUUCUUCAUCUGGAGAAUUAUCUUUAGUAUUUAUUUUAGUGCCAGUCUUCUGACAAUGAAUUCUCUCAGCUUUUGUUUUUUGAAACCUUCUUUCUUUUGCCUUUAUUUUUCUGUAUUUUUAUUUUAUUAAGAUAAAAUUCAUGUAUCAUGUAAUAUACCCAUCUAAUCAUUCCAUUCAGAUACAAUUCAAUGUUACCUUUAUUUUUGAAGGAUAUUUUUGCCUUGUAUGAAAUACUAGGUUCACCAUUUUAUUUUAUUUUAUUUCUUUUUUUUUUUUUGAGACCAAGUCUCACUCUUUCACCCAGGCUGGAGUGCAGUGGCACAAUCUUGGCUCACUGCAACCUCCACCUCCUAGGUUCAAGUGAUUCUUGUGUCUCAGCCUCCCGGGUAGCUGGGAUUACAGGCAUGCACCACCACGCCUGGCUAAUUUUUGUGUUUUUAGUAGAGAUGGGGCUUCACCACAUUAGCCAGGCUGGUCUCAAACUCCUGACCUCAAGUGAUCUGCCCACCUCGGCCUCCCAAAGUGCUGGGAUUACAGGUGUGAGCUACUGGCGCCCAGCCUAGGUUCACCAUUUUCAAGAUAUCAUUCCAAUCCUUAGGUUCUGUGGAAAAAGCCAUUAGUUAUAUUUCCUUUGAAGGUAAUGUAUCUUUUUUCUGUGGUCACUUUUAAGAUUUUCUCUUCGUCUUUGUUUUUAUUUUUUAUUAUACUUUUAAGUUCUGGGUUACAUGUGCAGAACGUGCAGGUUUGUUACAUAGGUAUACACGUGCCCUGGUGGUUUGCUGCACCCAUCAACCCGUCACCAAAUGAGGUAUUUCUCCUAAUGUUAUCCCUCCCCUAGCCCCCCACCCCCCGACAGGCCCCAGCGUGUGAUGUUCCCCUCCCUGUUUCCAUGUGUUCUUUUUGUUCAACUCCCACUUAUGAGUGAGAACAUGCGGUGUUUGGUUUUCUGAUCUUUUGAUAGUUUGCUGAGAAUGAUGGUUUCCAGCUUCAUCCAUCCUAAGAUUGGUAAACUUCCUGAAUCUGUUGGUUGAUGUCCUUCCUUAUUAGAAUUCUUAACCAGUCAUUCUUCAAAUAGUUUUUUCCAAUCCGUUCUCUCUCUCCCGUUUUCUAGGAUUGUGUGUUAUAUUAUGUUCCAUAUGUCUGUUAUAGUCCUUUGUUUGCCGUCUUAAUUUCUCCCUGUACUUCAAUCUGUAUAGUUUUUACUGACCUAAUUAACUUAUCCUGUUCUGCUGAGCCUAAUCAAUUUUAAAUUUAGCUGUAUAUCUUAUAUUUUGGGUUCUAAAAUAUCCAUUGACACUUUUUUGUAGGUGCCAAGUCUCUGAUCAGAUCUUCUGUCUUUUCCUCUAUAUUCUUGAACACAUUAAUCAAAGUAAUUUUAAAACUCUUGUCUGAGAAAUCCAGUGUCUGAAUUACUACUACUAGUUGUUUGUUUCCAUUGUCUGUUGUCAGUCAUUUGGUGCUGUUUUUUAGCAUGCCUUAUAAGUUUGGUGAAAUGUCAUACAUUGUGUGUUAAAUACUGUAGGGGCUUUGAACGAUGUUAUCUUCCUCUGAGAUGGUUAUGUUUUCUUCUUGCAGUCUGAUAAAAUACAGGCAGAUCACUGUAAUCCUAUUGAAGGUUGGUUUUAGACUUUGUUGGGCUUGUACAUUUCAGUUUUGCUCUUACUCCUAGCAUAUGGCCUCUUUGGGCUCUCAUCUGAAAAUCUAGGGUGUUUAUCAGGGCCACUUCACCUCGGUGACCUUGAAUUCCAACCUUUCCCUCCUCAGUACUAAGAGCUGCUCAGCUCGUUAGCCUCCCAUCUGCUGCUUUUUGCUGGAUUUCUUGAAGUCUUACCUUGUUGCACAGGAGUCUGGAAUUGGCAGACACCUCAAGGAGAUACUGUACCAGUAUUUCAGGCUCACUUCCCUGAGGUUUCUUCGCUCUGGGAUUUUGCCCCUUAAGUCCUAGCUACUUUCCCAAGCUCCAACUUUUGUCUCUUCAACCGAGUGGGAUUACUGCUUGCUGCUAGGUAUUUAUUUCCCUGUGUUGUGAAUUUGCAGUGCCUUGAAGAAGUAAUCAAAAUGAACACAGACCUCACCAAAGUGUGCUUCCCUUUUUUCCCUCCUUUCAGCUAUUUUAUUGCAGCUCGUCAAGUUCUCCCUGCAUUGGUUUGCUCCCUGUUGCCUAUAAAAGAUGUUCUACUUAACCCUUUUCCUGUUUGCCCCAAGAAUACUUGCCAGCAGCACUUGCUGCUGCAGUGUUUACCCCAAGAUAACUUUGCCACAAACUCUCGCUUUUAUUAUUACUUUUGCUUAGCUCUAGUAUACUGACUUCAGAAAAAAAGGACAUCGUUCUCUUUAUAGCAUUCUGUUCUUAGUAGUGGUAUUUCCAUUUACAAAGUAUAAUAAUUCUCGAUCGCUGAAAAUGUUGAAUCCUAGAAAAUGUAGCAUUCCUACACGUGAUGUUAACAUCAUUCUCGAACAGUUCUUGGACAGAGAUUUAUUUAAUGAAUUCGAUUUUUCUGAAAUAGAUGAUUUUGAUGAUUCAGAUGCUUCUGAUACUAGUUCUGUUUAGAAAUAACAUCAAGAACAGUUUUUAUAUUUUAUUUUCACAUUGAAAAUCAGUCAGAUUUGCUUUAGCCUCAAAGAAUGUGUUUACGUAAAAUUAAAUGAAUGCUGGCAGUGAGCUGUACUUUUUUUUCUAAACCGGAAAAGGGUUAAUAUAGCUUUCAUCGUUGUUUUCAGUAGGAGGGCUAGUCCAAUCACAAGCUACUCUAUUGUGGCCAAAAGCAAAAAUCUGGUGGUAAUCAUUUUUAAUCGCCAUUGUUGAUUUCUCCGCAGUGGCUUCUGGCAUUGAUAACUUGGUUGUCACAUGGUCAUAUGUGAAGGCACCCGGUUUAUUCAUUUGUUCCUUUGUGCAUUAAAUAGUUUUUGAGCACUUCUUUCAGGCCAGGUAUUACUCUAGACACAAGCAAUAUAACAAUAUUUAAGAUAAGAUCUGUGUCACUUUGGGACUUGCAGCCUGUUUUUAUAGAAAGGCUACUAAAUGGUUGCUGAGUCGGACUUGUGGUAAUUAAAAUAGACUUUUCUUGUGUGGGGGUUGGGAGUGAGAAAAAAGAGACUGGAAUCUUUUGGAUGAUUACAUCUUCUUUAUAUAAAUAUUUUUAGCCUUUUGAAAAAACUCUGUAGAGCUUAAUGCAGUUCACAGUUCACCCACACUACAUCAAUAUUUGGCCUACCUUUUGCAAGCCCAAUUCCCUAACUAUGAGUUUCUGUGUUACAUAAAAAUCUCACCGGGAGCACAAUUAUUUGACAAUUUGAGUUGAAACUCCAGGAACUGAUUUAUGGAGAACAAACUUAGCUCUGAAAUUAUGUCUCUUUAUGAAUAUCGACAUGAAAUCUGAUGAAGAAUCAUCUUACUGUGGUUUCCCAUUUUAACUUCUGUUUUUGAAAAACAUUUCAGAUGCAACUAAGCACUUAUUAAAUGCUUCGUGAUACCAAAAAAUGGCUUGGUGGUCUUUGUCUUCCAGAAUAGCAUAAAUUUCAGUGUUACCAAGAUAAAAAUAUAAUCUGGGCACAUGUCACUGUUAAAAUAUUAUAGUCAGAUCAAGAAUUCUAUUCCUGUCUUUGUUAUUCUUUCCCACUUGUGAAACUUUAUCCGGGGAAUUUUUUUUUAUUACAAAGAUGUAUUCCAGAGAUAACAGUUUGUACUUCUGAUUAUGAUCCAUGUUCAUGUGAUCAAAAGGCAGCAAUAAUAGGACACUGUCAUAUAUGGUAGCUCCGUAGAAACUAGGCUGCACUGGGAGGACAGAUUCACCAUCUUGAGCACCUGUGGCUUGGUGUUCUCGAAAUUGUAGCCCCUUUGGAAUGGCUGAAGAACUACCAGUGGCUUGGUGUUCUCGAAAUUGUAGCCCCUUUGGAAUGGCUGAAGAACUACCAGUUAAAGGUAAAGAAACCAGACACACAAGGCCACGUAUUGUAUGAUUCCACUUACAUGAGAUGUCCAGAAUGGGCAAAUCCAUAGAGACAGAAAGAUUAGUGUUUUUCAGGGGCUGGUGGGAGGGGGAAAUAGGGAGUGACAAUGUAUACAGGUGAUGGGGUUUUGGGGUGAUGAAAAUGUUCUGGAAUUAGGUAGUGGUAAUGGUUGCAAGACAUUGUAAAUGUAGUAAAAAACAAUGAAUGGUACACUUAAAAUGAAUUUUAUCUUAUAUUUUAAAAAAUCACACACAGGCCAUGUACAGUGGCUCACGCCUGUGAUCCCAGCACUUUGGGAGGCCGAGACGGGUGGAUCACCUGAGGUCAGGAGUUGGAGACCAGCCUGACCAACAUGGAGAAACUCCAUCUCUAAUAAAAUACAAAAAUUAGCCGGGCGUGGUAGCACAUGCCUGUAAUUCCAGCUACUCGAGAGGCUGAGGCAGGAGAAUCACUUUAACCCGGGAGGCAGAGGUUGCAGUGAGCCUAGAUCGCACCAUUGCACUCCAGCCUGGGCAACAAGAGUGAAACUCCGUCUCAAAAAAAAAAAAAAAAAGAAAAAGAAAAUCACGCAUAGCUAGAAAGGCUGUAGCUAGUUUGAGGAAGUCAGUACUAACACCUGGCUAUUCAGAGAAUGCCAUCCUGCCCCCCUUUCUUUGGCAUCAACUCUGAAGCAUAGUUAUUUUAUGGUUGGAAAAUCUUUUCUAACCAGAGAUUAAGCUCUUGGGGACAAAGUAAACUUGUCUCUUACAGGAAACACCAAAGUUCCAGCUUAACAGAGAAAGGGAACCUCCUUGGGAAUCAUACUUUUCCCAGUAUUGGGUAGUGCUCGGACAGAUGUCAAAGUGCUGUAUGUUUCCAUGGUGAUCAUAUCCAGCUUAUCAUUACUUGUAUCUUUGCCCUAAAGUUUAAUUUCUUACUUUGGGACUCAUUGUAAUAAUGGGAGCACCGGCCUUUUGGGAGGCCAAGGCGGGUGGAUCACGUGAAGUCAGGAGUUUGAGAGCAGCCUGGCCAACAUGGCGAAACGCUGUCUCUACUCACGCCUGUAAUCCCAGCACUUUGGGAGGCUGAGGCGGGCGGAUCAUGAGGUCAGGAGAUCGAGACCAUCCUGGCUAACACGGUGAAACCCCGUCUUUACUAAAAAUACAAAAAAUUAGCCUGGCGUGGUGGCGGAUGACUGUAGUCCCAGCUGCUCAGGAGGCUGAGGCAGAAGAAUGGCGUGAACCUAGGAGGCAGAGCUUGCAGUGAGCCGAGAUCGCGCCACUGCACUCCAGCCUGGGCAACAGAGCAAGACUCUGUCUCAAAAAAAAAAAAAAAAAAAAAAUACAAAAA